AUGAUUCCAGAAGAUGAAUACCUUUUGGGUUUGGAAUCUUGCAAGCAUAACUUACAUGGAAGAAUACUUUGGCCAAAAGGUUCCACUCCCAUCACUGUGCAACAACUCAAAUCUAAGCUUCAAGAGUUAUGGACUUCUUUACCAAAAUGGGGGGUAACUUCCCUCGGUAAGGGAUUCUAUGAAUUCUCUUUCUCUAGCCUCGAAGAUGUUCGCAGAGUUCGAUUAUCGCUUGCAUGGAAUUUGAACCCAGGUAUCCUCAAGCUUUUCCCAUGGUUAAAAGAUUUUUUUCCAGCAAAUAUGAAACAAAGCUCCACCCAGGUUUGGGUUCGAAUUCACGGAUUGGCUCAGGAAUACUGGAGACCUAAAAUCUUGUUCACAAUUUCCAGCAGUAUCGGGAUGCCUAUAUGCAUUGAUUCAUCAUCCAACAAACCCCUGCUUGAACGUUCAUUUGGACAUUUUGUCUAUGUUCUUGUGGAUAUAGAUCUCUUGAAGGAAUUGCGUGACAAAAUUCUAGUCGAAAGGGUUGGUUUCGCAUUCUUUGUUGAUAUAGAAUAUGAGAAACUCCCUGAUUUUUGCAGUUUCUGUAAGCUUAUGGGUCACACCAUCCACACCUGCAAAAGAAAACAAAGCUCUGAACAUCAACUUAAAACCAAAAACACAGAUCAAAACAACAAUUUCUUGCAACCAAAUCCGACUCCUCGCUGUAAAGAGAUAAUCAUUGAACAAACUCCUCCUGAUAGAGGACAGACAAGUGGAACUAUUAAAGAUGUCGAAGCAAGCAAAGUGGUUCAGAACUCUUCGACGGUUUUGGACAAACCAACAACGGCAGAGAGAAAUACACAGGAAAUAAUACAUAGACUGGAUGUUAACAACAAUCAAAGAGGGAACCAUAACACCUUCUAUCGCUAUCGCGAAAAUUAA